AUGGGGAUGCAGGGAGUCAGGAAGCAAGUGCAGUCGGGCAUCAACAUCGUGGGGCCAAGUAAUGCUGAGACCACCCCUCCUGCCAACCCAGGGAUGUACCAACUGGACAUCACUCUAAAGAGGGGACACAACCUUGCCAUCAGGGACAGAGGAGGGACAAGUGAUCCGUAUGUGAAGUUUAAGAUUGCGGGGAAGGAGGUGUUCAGGAGCAAGACCAUCAAUAAGAACCUGAACCCGUUGUGGGACGAGAGGGUCAGCCUACUAGUGGACAGCCUCCGAGAACCUCUUUAUGUCAAGGUGUUUGACUAUGACUUCGGCCUUCAGGAUGACUUCAUGGGUUCUGCCUACCUCUACCUGGAGUCUCUGGAACACCAGAGGACCCUGGACGUGACCCUUGACCUCGAGGAUCCCCAGUACCCCGAACAUAACCUGGGAACUCUAGAGCUGGCAGUCAAACUGUCGCCCAAAGAGGGAGACUUCAGGGAAGCCACCAUGCUUUUGAAAAGAAGCUGCAAACGAUCCAGUAAGCAGCAGCAUACGAGUAUGCGGUUGUCAGAUGUCCACAGGAAAGCUCAGCUGUGGAGAGGUAUAGUGAGCAUCAGUCUGAUCGAGGCUCGUGACCUCCAGCCUAUGGACGCCAACGGCUUCAGUGACCCCUACGUCAAGUUCAGACUGGGCCAUCAGAAAUACAAGAGCAAGACGAUACCCAAGACUCUGAACCCCCAGUGGAGAGAGCAGUUUGACUUCCAUCUUUAUGAGGAGCAGGGGGGCUUCAUCGACAUCACCGUCUGGGACAAAGACGCAGGCAAGAAGGACGACUUCAUGGGCAGGUGUUCGAUAGACCUGUCACCGCUCAGUAAAGAGCACACUCAUAAGUUGGACCUGCCGCUGGAGGAGGGCGAGGGCAUGCUGGUGCUGCUGGUCACACUCACGGGGGCAGCAGCAGUGUCCAUCUCGGACCUGUCGGUCAAUAUCCUGGACGACCCACACGAGAGACACCAGAUACUACAGAGAUAUGUUCUGCUCUUCGUCUUUCUGUAUAGGUUCUGCUCUUCGUCCUUCUGUGUUCUGCUCUUCGUCUUUCUGUGUUCUGCUCUUCGUCGUUCUGUAUUGGUUCUUCAGUUGGAGGGGGACAGUGUGGUUUGGUUUGAAGAGGACUGCCACCAUUAG